AUGACCAUUGCUUCCGAACAGCCAGAAACACCCUCUGAGACAACUUCUCUCUUAGCUGAGCACAAUGAACUUCUUGUGCAGCCAAAAAGUGUUACGCGUAGAGCCCAGCAAGUCUUAUUUCUUGCGUGCCUCAUAGCGGUCACUGUCGAUAUCGGCAACUACAUCUCCGUGGCUCCCCAACUUCAGAUAUUCGAGUUGAACAUUUGCCAGCGCUUGCAUCCGGAGGUCUUCGAUAGCAACCCUGGCGGGGUUCUCCCUUCAGUGGUUCCUUCGGCUUGCAAGACUGCUGAUGUGCAGGGUGAGCUGGCGUUGCUCAAAGGUUGGAUGAGCACCUUUGACCAGCUUCCGGGCAUUAUUCUGGCGCUUCCAUAUGGACUCAUGGCAGAUCGCGUUGGUCGUAAACCAGUCUUAUUUCUAAGCCUGGCUGGGUGUGUCUUGCAAGAGAUGGCAAUCAGAAUUUUUGGUGGCGGUUCUCAGAUAGCUACCUCAGUGGCUUUCACUAUCAUCGCGGAUGUUUUCCCGGUAGAGAAACGCGCCUGGCUGAUGUCAUCAAACGCCUGGAUCCCUUGGAUGCUCGGACUAGCCUGCGAAUUUGGUAGCCUGUUUACGAUCCUCUUGUUGCCGGAGACUAAACCGGAGCCCUCAGUCAACCCCGUCAAUGAUGUUCAGCCGGAGACGGCAGGCCACUUGAAGCUAUCAUCGGCAUUUACAUGGGCCAGUGUGGUACACUUUGUUCGCUCACAGUUCGCUCAACUGCAUGAGUUCAUCGGCGAGUAUCCAAGUGCCCUAGUCAUCUCCCUCGCCUUCCUCUUUUCGAGCUAUGGAAUUGAAGCAGUUCCUUUCAUGCUCCAAUAUGUCUCCAAGCGCUUUUCAUGGAGCUUAGCAGAGGCGAGCCUUCUCAUAUGCGUCAAGGGGAUCAUUAAUUGCUUCGCUUUGAUGCUCGUACUUCCGAUGGCUACGAAGAUCCUCGACCGAUAUUUGUCCCCCGUGCAGAGAGACCUUAGAGUGGCCAUAGGCUGUGCAUGUCUGUUAAUGGCUGCUUUUGGCUUCAUGUCCAUGGCAUCUCAUCCAGCAGUGUUUGUUGUAGGAGUUGCUCUGGUUGCUCUUGGAGGGGGGUUCAGCGCCGCUCUGCGCAGCGUCGGGAGUGCUUUGGUUGGGUCAUCGCAUGUUGGACUCCUGAAUACGACCAUAACUCUGACACAGGGAGUUGGACUCAUGAUAUCUGGGCCACUCCUAGCUGGAUUAUUUCGAGCAGGGAUGGCCUGGGAAGGAGCGUGGAUGGGGCUUCCAUGGAUGGCAGGAUUUAUCUUGUAUGCAGCAACCAUCCUGACAGUGUAUUGCCUCCAAGUCCAGAGCUAGAUCUAGCCAUCAUCCUCUGGCCGUUGGUGACAGUUAGUGUCAGGUCAGCUGCAUGGUAGGAGAAACAAGUGAUCAAGGUUGAUCAUAGAAGAGCAUGACCGCGAGCUUGAAUGUCCCCAGAAAGGGAGAACAAGCGGAGAUACCCAGGGCAACGAUGGUCAGUCCUGAAUGGACUUACUGGUAGUGGUGGUAUAGACUUUCCUAUUUGCUAGAAGAGAAAAGAUGGACACCGAUCGCUCGCAGAGCGAGAUGUGACCAUUUCAAAAUUGGAUCUUUGGGUGGGAUGGUAAUAAUCCACAAUUGCAUCGCUACUGGAAUCUUCUAGGGAGCGGUCUGGGAAAGGCAGUUCACUAGGGAAGAGGUUUGGACGUAUGGAG